UUUUUUUUUUUAAAUCGUUCGCCAGGCGGGCAACCUUACUGUGGGUUUUCAGUCGCCCGUUAAGUUCGAACCCUGAUACCCUGUCCCUUUCUUGGGCAGUUUGGCAAUUUGUCGCACAUAGACGGUUAUUGGACAUUCGCCAAGAAGACUGUGCUGCUGCUGUGAUAAAAUAAUCGAUAGGGCAAGUUAAAACUGAGACUGUGUACUGUUUUACAUCCUCUUUAACAGGUUCACGUUCAGCUGCAUGAAAUCCACGCGCCAUCCACUUCUCUCGUCUGCCUCACUGCACGAACUGAUGAUCGCAUCCAAAUCUCACUGCACCAUCGACGAUUUAAAAAAACGAGAUCUCACACAUUACUUCAACAGGUCAAUCACACGCAGCGAAGUUUCUAUUUAGUGAUUGCGUUUUAGAGAGAGGACAGAAAUUCCAGCAUCGAUCGAUCAGUCAGUCGGCAUCCAUGGACAGAAAUAACUGACCGGUUUGGUGUAGAAAAACCUGUACGUGUACAGGUCUGUGUUACGGCUUUCGUUGUUUACUGAUCACCCGGUCGCAGUGUAUUGCACGUCGAUUACACAACGGACUAGAUACACUAAUGAGAUCGACCAAGAUUGACACGUCUAAGCGCCGCCCAUGAUGGGUUUUCAAAUUCGAUCGUAUCGUUGUUGACAUGGCGCGAGUUCAGGUAGCACAUCCCCAUCCAGACGCACGACAGAUGCAGACAGACUGAAAGGCGCGCUUGGGGUCUAGCUUUUAUGUCGUCGAUGAUGAGCAUAGGACGUGCCCCUGGUCAUGAAUCGGUGGGCAGACGGUGUGCUGAAACCAGUCACCACGAUGACGACCCCUGCAGUAUGGCCGAUUACCUGAUUACCGGGGGAACCGGGUAUGUACCCGAUGAUGGCCAAACUGGGGCGCAGCUCUUUGGUAGUGGAGAUGGAAUGACUUAUAAUGAUUUUCUCAUUCUGCCAGGAUUUAUAGAUUUUGCUGCAGAUGAUGUGGACCUGACGUCUGCUCUCACUCGAAGAAUCACACUGAAAGCUCCAUUAGUGUCCUCCCCCAUGGACACAGUCACAGAAGCACAUAUGGCCAUCGCUAUGGCAUUGUGUGGUGGUGUUGGCAUUAUUCAUCACAACUGUACACCUGAAUUCCAAGCCAACGAAGUGCGCAAAGUCAAAAAAUACGAGCAGGGUUUUAUUCUAGACCCAGUCAUUAUGUCACCCAACAAUACUGUCAGUGAUGUCUUGAGUGCCAAAAAAAAGUAUGGUUUUUCCGGAAUACCGAUAACGGUGAAAGGUCACAUGGGUGACAAGCUGGUUGGCUUGGUAACUCAGCGUGAUGUUGAUUUCCUCACAAAGGAAGAAUAUCAUACACCAAUAUCGGAGGUGAUGACAGCAGUCGAAGAUCUGGUCGUGGCACAUGCUGGCUGUAAUCUCAAGGAAGCUAACCUCAUCCUGCAGAAAAGCAAAAAGGGGAAACUUCCGAUUGUGAAUGACAAUGGUGAGCUUGUGGCUCUGAUUGCUCGCACAGACACAAAGAAGAACAGAGAAUUCCCCUUGGCAUCGAAAGACGAAAAAAAACAGUUGGUUGUCGGAGCUGCUGUGAGUACUCACGACACUGACAAAGACCGUAUAGAACAGCUGGUGCAGGCCGGGGUCGACUUCCUGGUUCUCGAUUCUUCCCAGGGUAACUCAGUAUUCCAGAUCAACUUGAUUCGCUAUAUUAAACAGAAAUAUCCAGAUUUGCAGGUCAUUGGUGGAAAUGUUGUGACAGCCGCACAGGCGAAGAAUUUGAUUGAUGCUGGUAUUGAUGGCUUGCGUGUCGGCAUGGGCAGUGGUUCCAUCUGCAUCACUCAGGAAGUGAUGGCCGUUGGACGGCCCCAGGGUACAGCGGUGUACAAAGUUGCCGAAUAUGCCCGACGUUUUGGUAUUCCUGUGAUAGCUGAUGGUGGUAUCACGUCAGUAGGACAUAUCAUCAAGGCAUUGUCACUUGGUGCUUCUACUGUGAUGAUGGGUUCCAUGCUGGCUGGUACCAGUGAGGCCCCGGGUGAAUACUUCUUCGCUGACGGCGUCCGUCUGAAGAAAUACCGCGGGAUGGGCUCGCUGGAUGCUAUGGAGAGCAACAAGGGAAGCCAGUGCAGAUAUUUUAGUGAGAGUGAUAAAAUCAAGGUGGCUCAAGGUGUCUCUGGUUCGAUUGUUGACAAAGGCUCCAUACAGAAGUUUGUUCCGUACCUGAUUGCGGGAAUCAAACAUGGCUGUCAAGACAUCGGUGCCAAGAGUAUGUCCUUACUCAGAUCCAUGAUGUAUUCUGGUGAACUGAAAUUUGAGAAGAGGACCACAUCCGCACAGAUUGAAGGUGGCGUUCACAGUUUGCACGGGUACGAGAAGAGGCUCUAUUGACAGUUAGCCGAGGCAGGUCAGUUUUUGCCAGUUGUCAAACACAAGUACACAGACAUGCCAACAUCCUGAUCAAGAGUUAUCUGCCCUCAGAUUCACAGUGUUACAUUAGACUGGUGGCUCAGUAUCUGACACUUUAUCGUAUACCUGGUUCACAAGUAUUUCUGUUUUUGAUUAAAAAUUCAAUCUCAGAAUGUAGAAUGCAAAUCUAUUAUUCUUUUCCAUACCAAUGUAUUAACAGUUGUCUGAUGAUGCACAUUUCUAAAGAUAAUACUGUCCGAAUAUUUGUUUCAAUAAAACAACUUGUGAAUUAUAGAAAUUGACUUCAAUAAUCUGUCAUUUCCUCAGCCACCAUCUUUGGAAUCUGUGGCCACACUGGGUCAAAAGAUGCUUGUGUACCUGCCUAUGGAGAAAAAUCUUAUGUUCAUUUACUUCCAUUAAUAACACAAAUGUUUAUCUUACAUCCAUUUUUCCCCCACUAAUGCCUACAAGUCACCAUGAUUUUUUGCAACAUAAGUCAUCCCUCAUAAUAUAUUGCUUUCCUGUGAUGUAACUUUCAUUUUGCACGGGGGAGGGGGGAGAGAAAAACAUCGCUAAAAAUAUCAAAGAUUUAUCUAUUGGUAGAAAAUUGGGACAGUUUUCACAGCUAAUAAAGACAUUUUUUUUUACAAAUUAUGUCACAUUUGGCAAUACUGAUUUACUGAACUGAAAUAUUCACAAAAUUGUUUUAUUUUCAAUCUUUUUUCACCCGUAACUUUAUGUAAAUGCUUACAAUAGUGUACAAAAAGAAGUCUUCCACCAUGUUGAAAAUGGACUGGUACCUAUAACUACUGUAAGACCUACUGUAAACUGUCUUUCACAGUAAGUGAAAACUAAAGACUGCAGGACAAUCGGUAACCUUCGGACAACGUAUUAACACAAACUACAUGAAACAAAUCGUGAGUGGUUGUGAUUUGAAAUAAUCUACUGUCAUUGGUAAACCAAAAAUGUUUUUCUAAAGGAUUCUCUCACUUGUUACUUUUCUUUCAUUAUUUGAAAUGUGGAUUAUUAAUGUGUAUGGUAAUUUUGCAUUCCGUGUGAGUAUUGACGGUUUUCAGUCAUCCAGUUCAUGUUGUUUUUGUCACUGAAAGCACUUUUUUGCUUUAGUGAUUGUGUCAUGUACAAUGUCAAAACUGAAAACUAAAACUAAACUGUGGAUCUAUGACAACUAUAUGUCUAUGAAUAAUAUAAACAAUCUGAAACUGUGAAGGUAAUCAGCCCUUAGUUCAGCCAGCAAACGUUUCGCUAACAUUCAUAAACUAUUUGAUUGGUUCAUGACGUGGCCAUUUGGUUUACUGUGAAGGGCAUAAACCAGUUUAGUGGAUGUUUUUCUGUUCAGUCUAGCUGAACUCGGCCCAGGUUUGAGAGUAAUAGUGGCUGAAUGUUUGGCUUGGUCGGGAGAUGGCUUCCAGGACCAAAGAUUCACUGUCCAAGCCAGCAUAUGUUUAAACUGAUAUGAUCACACAGUCCCAUUCAUUAACAACAGCCGGGGCAAACAUUUGCCUAAUAGAAAUCUUUGUAUACACACACAUUUUGUCAAUCCCCCUUGAAUCCAGUUGUAGAUACAAAUGCUAGUGCUAAAUCAUAUCAUGUUUUUGAAUAAAAUGCACAAAAUACAUUUGAGUUGUUUUAUGUCUUAUAUAUUUCUUGCAUACAUGUAGUUAUUGUUUUUAGGAUGUCAAGGAAGCAUUGGAGUUGUUAUGAUAUAAGAUUUCAUUUUAACGAAAGUUCAUGGGUAAUGAGCAUUUUGAAAUUUGAGUUCAGGAACAUGUGGUAUAAGCUCUUGGAUAUUAUGAGUGAAUUAUAAAUGUGAAAUAUCAAUCUUGGUAUGUUGGAUAUUGUUUUAAAGAAUGGAGAAUAUUGAUGUUUUUGUAGUGAAACUUAUCAACUGUAGAUGAUGUAAAAUAUUUGUUACUCAGCAUUUAUUUUAUAAGCAAAUGCAUGUAUAUUUAAUUAUAUAUAUAUAUAUAUAGUUUUUAUUAACUUUGUAAUUCUUUUGGUAUUGAACUUGUCUCGUGAAAAUGUAUUUUACACUUGAUAGUGUGUCUAUACUCCAUCCAAGCCUAAGCAAAAACAUUUUUUUUUUCUGGCACACUUUUAUUUUGUUUCAAUGUUGGAGAAAAACUUAUACGGUUUUGAUUACUAUCCCUAACUUGUGUUUGAUCAUGAUUGGUUACUUUACUUGAUCUAGUCAUUUUUUGCUUUCAGAAUUGUCACAUUAUGUGCAUUUUGGAAAGUUUUUACGGGUUUAUCUGUGACCAACUGGACAGCUCUUAUGUUUUAAAAUAAAAUGUGGUUUAUUUUUUAAGCCAGUCUAUAACAAAAUUGCUUUUUAUUUCACAACUCAUACCCACCAUUUUACUUCUUUCUUUGUUUGUGUUUGCAGUAAUAUGGUUUCAAAUUGGUUGUUUGUAUAUGUUAUUAUUGAUUAUUUGGUGAAGUAAUAGUUUCAACUUAGCAAUAAUGGUGCAAUACAGAUAUUUUCCAACCAUUCCGCAAAGCUGAUGGCUUCACAUUUUCAUUUAUCCUGAGUGAAAUGGUUUUCAUUCACUAACACUUUUGUGUACUGGUUAAUUGAUUUUUCUUGAUAACUAUUUUGUCUUCCUAUGUCUGUCUCUUCACCAUAAGGUAUCAGAAUUUUGUUUUGUCAAUCUAGAAAUUAUUUGAUAAUAUUCCUAUUCUGUUGCUCAAUAUAUAUUCUUAUUUUAAACUAAUGCUCAGCUUGUGUCUUCUGUUAUUAAAAUUAACCAAUGUUGUUUUUUUCACUGUUGAUUAUCAUGCACUGGUUUGUCAUUUAUAGAAUUUUCUCAUUUAUCACAUUGUUCAGCAUGAUUCAUUAAAACAGAUUGUUUCAUAUUGUAAUAAUAAUUAUGGAGUAAUGUUUGGUCGUUGAUUAGUUUUGCUGCAGUGAAAAUAAAUUGUGCUUGUUUAGGGUUUAAGCUGGACACCAAAAGUAAUAGCAAUUUUGCAAAUUUGAUCAGAAAAUUUGCAGCGGAAUUCAUGUAACAUUUAGCUAAACAAAAUUAUUUUUUAAAUGGCUUUACACAUAAGAAUGGCACAUAGUUUUUGAGUUAGCUUUUUUGGUGAAUUGAUGAUGACAUGUUCACCAAACUCAACUUAAAGUUGCAUUUGGCAAUUUAGCAAAUGACAGCUUGAAAAUUGCUUAUUAUUUAAUAAUAAUAACAAUUUUGAUUAGUACUUACAAAUAACAGUCUUGCCUGCGGUUUCAAAAUAAGCUUCUCACUAAGCUUUGAUAUGUUUACUUUUUUUCAUUGUAUACAAUAAAUGAAUCAAUGUAUCUAGAAUGAAAUAAUUCAUUUAUUUUAUCACAAUCUAUGAAAAUCAUUACAUAAAAUUGUUAUAUAUCUCAGUAUUGUUAAUAUUGACAAAUUGUUAAGAAACGAGUGAAUGAAUGUAAAAUAACACUUCGGCUAUUGGGUGUCAACCUAAACUAAAGUAAUGUUAAGAAACAAAUGAUCAGGGUUCUUUUAACAUUUCUCAAGAAUUGAUCAAAACGGCCUUCAUUUGUUAUAAAUAAUGUUAUCCAUUUUAUGUCGUGACUCAAGUCAUCAGAACAAAAUUAAAAUUAAUGGAAAGUUCAGAAAAAUCUACAAUCUAUAGAUUUUUGUAUUUACAAAGAAGAGAUGGUCAGUUGAUUUUGACAUGAGAGAUUUUGAAAUGAAUUUAUUUUUCUCCUGUAGAAUUAGAUAAAUUUGACCUAGAAGUUUUGAAAAUAAAUUUAAGAGAAUUAUGUACAUGUAUUAGUAGUUUAAAUGUUGCAUUUAUGAAAUUAAUAUAUUGCCAAAAAUGUAUCUUGGCAUAUACACAUAUUAAAUGUAUUAUUACGAGUAGGAAUAACUCCUCAUUAAUAAAUUGCUAAUUAAAAUAGAAAUAGAUUAAUUGUUCAAUAUUUUGUAGUACUGGAUGUUCCUUUGUCUCUGCUAUGUAUUUUGAAGUUUAUAAUUUUGGGGUUUUGAAGCUUUAUGAAAUAUGGAUCGAAUUGUUUGUGAAAAUACAUACUUUUACUUUGACAUUUUGUUAUUGCAUUUUUAUUUUACUUAAUUUUUAUGUAUGUACAUAUAUCUUGAAUUGAUAUUGUUUUGGGAGGUAAAUCUCGCAUACCCUAUGUAUAAAUAUACAUUUAAAUUUCUAUUCUCUGAGAAUUAACUUGUUGAGAUAGAAACUUGCAACUUGAUCAGUUACUGCCAUAUUACAUGAUUUUAGUUUCCUGUUUUUGUUUAUUUUCUUUCUUUUGUUAGCAUGUCUUGCUUGUUGAUUACUUAAAAAUGAUGAAUCAGAUAAAUAUUAUCAUGAUCUUUUGGUGUAAAAAAUAAAAAAGGUGUUAUUUUAUGUUUUAAAAUAUUUACAUUUUCAAAGCAAAUGUGGUUUAUUUAUCUCAUAGAUUUUAAAUUUAAUGACAAUUUUGAUUGACCAGAAAAAAAAGAUAUAUAAAAAAUGUAGAUUGUAAAAUGAUAUUGUAGCGUAUAAAUUGGUGUACGUCAGGCCAUAGGAUUUUAAAUUUCAUGGGAAACACUUUUUUGGUUCCGUGCCUUGUGAUCAUGGGAAGCCAUCGGAAACUUUAUUUCAUUUUGUUGAAUAGUCAUACUCGAUAUAAUAAUCAGCGGAAACAAAAUUUCUGUUCUGUGAUUUUACUGACAUAUAGUACCGUAAACAAUUGUGUUUUGUGAAAUCCGAGGGCCUAGUAUGUGUCGUGAAGUUAAAGGUAUUUUGACAGUAGAAACUGUUGAAUUGUUUUAGGUACUUGUUGAGGUUGUUAUUGUUAACAUGGUGUAUUUAUCUUAUUGUUAUGCCAUGGUGUAUUAUUUGUGCCUUCCUUUAUGAUUAUAAUGAUGAUGAUGAUAAGCAGGGCCAGCUCUGGGUAAUCAAAACAUUUUGCCAAAUCAUCUUAAAAACGCAAAAUCUAUAGCUAUUUUCCAACAAAAUAUUAAGUAUUACACAUAUUUUUUUUGCCAAAUUAAAAUAAAAUUGGCGAGUGCCAGAGCUAGCCCUGCUAAGAUAUGAUAAACUGUAUUGCCACGGCAUUUGAUUCCGAUUUCCAAGGCAUAUCAAAUUAAUUUCACCUCUUGAUCUCGUAAUUAAUAAGCUUUACCAUUAGUAUUUUUGCUUACAUAAACAAAACACGUAACAUAAGUAAUCAUAGAUAGACAUACACCUACCUAAGCUUGAUACAAAGUGUUAAUGAAAUUAAGAUUCAUUUGUGUGGCAACUUGUUUACAACUGUUUAAUAUCUAUUGAUGUGUGAAAACAAAUAAUAAAUGUAUGCUUCGAUGUAAAAUGAAAAUGGUAAUUUGUUUUUAAUUAUAUAAUGGCUGAUACAUUACAAAGCCUCUGUUUGUUUAUUUAUUGAUAAAUCAACUUAUUAUUCCUGGCACACACACCUCAGCUAUCUGGGCUGCAGGUCCAUGGCUUGGUGGUUAGUGAGCGAUACAUUACAAAGCCUCUGUUUGUUUAUUGAUUGGUUAUAUCAACUUAUUAUUCCUGGCACACACACCUCAGCUAUCUGGGCUGCAGGUCCAUGGCUUGGUGGUUAGUGGGAGAUACAUUACAAAGCGUCUGUUUGUUUAUUGAUUGGUUAUAUCAACUUAUUAUUCCUGGCACACACACCUCAGCUAUCUGGGCUGCAGGUCCAUGGGUUGGUGGUUAGUGAGAGAUACAUUACAAAGCAUCUGUUUGUUUAUUUAUUGAUUAUA